CGCGGGGAGCGGGGUGGAGCAAGGCUAUAAAAAGACGCAGGUGAGGGGCGGAGGCCAGUCGGCUUCGAUCCGUCAAGCGAUCGUGUUCGUCGUUGGAGUCGGCGGUCUUGUCCAUCAGUCGGACAGUCUCUCUCUACGACGUUCGUACGCGGAGUACAAGUCUUGUCAUCGCACACAUCGCGACACACGUUGCUCCCACUCGAGGAUGCGCCUGGUCAGUGAGACGAGCUCGUGAUAUACGCGUGUGCGUGAGUGCGUGCGCGAGAUUUCGCGCUCAGAGAUCAUCAGCGAGACGAGAACGCGAUAUACACGUUCGAUUCCCGACCAAGAGAGACGUCCAUCGUUCUCUCCGUACAUUUUUACGCCUCUGUCGACAGAUCGAUAAAUACAUACGCGCGUGUGUGCGUGUGCGUGUGUGCAUGUGUAUGUGCGCGCGCGCUAUCGUCGUACGACCACGCAGCGUGUUUCGCGAGGAAAGGGCGCCGAGAGGAAAGAGCGGACGUCAAAUUGAUCGGCUCGAGUUGCCCGUGGCCGUAGCUUGGAAUCGCCGUUGCCAGUCAUGAAGGCGAUGGUGGUGAGCCCGCUGGGUGGCAGAGUCCCCCCCGAUCAUCGCGGCGUUUUGCACAAUGGCCUGGGGAUCGGCGGCACCAGGCGCGACCUCGAGGCCGAGGAGGUGGCCGCUUACCUGACGAAACUGCGCUCCCUCGUGCCGGACAUGCCGCGCAAACGGAAGCUGUCGAAGCUCGAGGUGAUCCAGAGGGUGAUCGAGUACAUCUGCGACCUGCAGACCGCCCUGGAAGAGACGAACGCGCAUCAAGACGCGACGAUAACCACGACGACGACGACGACGCAGUCGUCGAGGCAGUCCCUGCUGAAUACCACCAUGACGACCGCCGCGACAACCGCCUCCACCGUUGCGACAUCCGUCGUAACGACGACGACAACGUCCGCAACCGCGACGGUCGCCGAGCGGUGACCUGCCGGUCGGAGUCAUUAAGAUACAGGUCGCAUCGAGGUCAUCCUUCUCGCGGACUGACGGACGGAGUCAUCCCGCUCGCGCCUCCGAAAGGAUAACCAUGGGGUUCGGGCACCAUGGACGUCACCGUGAACUCGACCGAGAAACUCGCCCGCUGAUCUACAUCUUGACUUGGUGUUGAUCACCACCCCCGCUGCUCGAAGAGAGAAACAGGAGACCGUUCGACGGCGCGCCUGCACCCGAAGAGAGACGUCUCCGAGUGGAAGAGAGCGAGAAAGAUCCCCCGCACCCCCGAUUUCUUAAGGUCUUCCCUUCCCCCGCGAAGGGAAAUUGUAAAUAUACUUGUACAUAGACUCAUCGCGCAUUCCUCACGAGAUCUCUUUCACGGUGUAAGGACGAAUUCCUCCUUUCUUUUUCCUCAUUUUUCCCCCCUCCCUGGAAUCUUAUCAUUCCAAUCUUUUCGACCGCGUGUCAUCUCGCAGCGAGAUCGAACAUCGCGCAUCCAUCCGCUUUCCAAGUUCCGAUGAAUGGACCGUGGAAGAUGAUGCGCGCGAUCGUUUUCCCGGUCAGUUGAAUUCAUUUUCGGCGAGAUAUUUCGCGAUUCGCGAUCCUGACGAGGUCCUCGAAAGUACCCGGAUUGGAUACUCCUGGCGAAGCGAUGAUUUCUUCGUCGAUUAUCGUAAUAUUACCGCGAACGCGCUAUCACGUGGGGAGCUCUUUCUUCCCGAUAAGGUUUGCUACAUUCGAGUCAUUACAUUUAGCCCCACCCAACUGCUCGCCGAUCGAUCGCCUUUUCUUGCACGGUCCUCUCUUGGAAAAUGCGCUUCGUUGGAGCAAUAGCGAGGCGAGGAAUCGUCUCGUGGAAUUGAAACAAGCCUGCGUCUAACAGUCAGCGAUCUCGGAUUUCGAUGCUGCUACGCAAGGGUGACUUUUACGUUUAUGCGUAACACUCGACUUGAGCGUGCGAGAAAUUGAAUUUUCCAAUUCACCAUGAAAUUACAGGGAUUUUUAACAAGCCCGAGUUUCGUUUCCUGUUAAGAUUUCACGCUCUCACCGUAUAUCGCUCUGAUACCUUUUAUUAUUGUAUCGAUUAUUGUAUCGUUGUUAUGUAUACAUAGCCUUUUAUGUUAUAAUUUAGAGAGAGCUAAUUUUACUUCCUCGAUUCGCGUAAAUAGUGUAUAUUUGCGAAGACUGAAAGGCUGUAAGAGUACAUUAAUGCGCGGGCGAAUUGCACUCGCACACAAAAUAAAUCCAAACUGUGUCUACAAGUUA